AUGCUGUCUAUAUACAUUGGUGUGUAUAGGGCCAUAUAUGACUACGACGCGCAAGCAGAAGAAGAGUUGUCCAUACAUGCUGAUGAUUUAUUAUAUUUGUUGGAGAAGUCGGACAUCGACGACUGGUGGAAAGUCAAGAAAAGAGUAAUUGCAACUGGGGAUGAAGUAGUUGACGAACCAUCGGGGUUGGUUCCAUCAACUUAUAUUGAAGAAGCACCCAUCAUCAAACAAGCUAAUGCUUUGUACGACUACGAUAAACAAACAGAGGAGGAAUUAUCAUUUAAUGAGAAUGAUGUGUUUAAUGUCUAUGAUUUAAGCGAUCCGGACUGGAUUUUGGUGAGCAAUGCUAGCAAACAAGAGUUUGGUUUCGUGCCUUCCAAUUACAUUCAACUUGAUACUGGUGCACUGGCCCCCCCACCUCAGCAACAGGCACAACAAAAUACCACGCAGUACCAGCCACCGCAACUUCAAGCACCAAGUCAACCACAAAUUCCCAUUGCAAACUAUGCUCCUCCACCUUCACAUCCCGAGAGGUCGGCUACUCCAGAACGCCCACCUCCAACCCCAGAAAAAGAUCUUCCAAGACCAUUUCCUUCACACAAUGACUCAUACAAUGGAUCACAAGAAUAUAAUAUCGAGGAAGAAGAGGAUGAAGCUCCACCUCCAAUGCCAUCAAGACCCACGGGACCUGCUUCAGAACCAGUAGCAGGAUCGAGCUCAAAUUACGAGGAGGAGCAUGAAGUACAUGCUCCAACAGACAAGGAACAUAAAUUUGAUGGGGAGUUUUUCACAUGGUAUAUUGAUGAACUUGAUGGAAGGAAAAAGAGACCAAUUAAGGUCUCUGUGGGGCAAGGAUUGAUCAUUAUAAAACCAAACGUAUUUAAUCCUAAGAAGUUGAGAUUAAGAUCAGCGUCUCAUAUAAACAAUCAAUGGCAAAUUAAAGAUUUAAUCAGCGUCAAUAGUGAAAAGAAGCAUGUGUUUUUAGAACUUCAGAACCCUCCAGCGGAAUUGGAAUUGCACGCAGGAACUAAGGAUGUUGCAGAUGCCAUUACUUCUAUUUUAGGCGAAUUGAAAGGUGCUGAAAAGGCGGCAGGGUUGAGGGAAGUUCAAAAGGCUUCUCAACCUAGCAAAGAUCGGUCCAACAAGAAGAUUGGUCGUUUGAUUUACGAUUUCAAGGCUCAGGGUGAUGACGAGUUGAAUUGUAAGGAGGGAGAUGAAGUAUACAUUGUCAAUCAGUCAAAGUCAAGUGACUGGUGGAUGGUUGAAAAUGUCAACACUGGAAGACAAGGUGUUGUUCCAUCAUCUUAUAUUGAGGUGAUCAGUACAUCGAAAUUGGAUGAAUUAACUGAUGGGCCAGCAAGAAGGAAAUCAAUGUCUAGUUCCAAGGGCAAAGUUGUCAAUGGUAAAGACAGUCGCCAUCAUCACCAUAGAUCAAGAGAUGAACGUGAGAGGAUUAGAGAGAAAGAUAGAGCGCACAGAGAAAAACAGAGCGCUACACACGAUGAGCACGACAAAUCUAUGCCCAAUUUCCACCGUGUAAGAACAUGGAUUGAUAGUUCAGGCACAUUUAAAGUUGAAGCUGAAUUUUUGGGUUGUGUCGAAGGAAAAGUCCAUUUGCACAAGACAAAUGGUGUAAAGAUUGCCGUUGCUGCUGAGAAAUUAUCAAUUGAGGAUUUGGAAUAUGUAGAAAAGAUUACCGGUUCUUCCUUGGACAAAUAUAAGCAAAUGGUGUUUAAGCAAAUGGAAAAGAGGGCUAGAUCAAAGAGCAAAUCAGGAGCAGUUGCAACACAACCUGAACCCAAGCACUCACAAUCAGCUACUGCUGCAAUCAACGAUACCGCCCCCCCUCAACCUUCAAGACCUAGACCAUCUGGACAUGGAUCGAAUGGAGCUCCAGCUUAUGACUGGUUUGAUUUCUUUUUGGAAUGUGGUGUUGAUGUUGGUAAUUGCCAGCGCUACACACUCAAUUUUGAACGCGAGCAAAUGGAUGAAAACAUUUUGGAAGAUAUUUCUCCAUCUUUAUUGAGAACAUUGGGUUUGAGAGAAGGUGAUAUCAUCAGAGUAAUGAAACAUUUGGACAACAAGUACAACAGAAAGAGAUCAGCUGAACCAGAGCAACAAUCUACUGGUAGCUUAUUCAUUGAUAAUAAUGGAGCAUUGAAGAAUAAUUCAUCGACAGAAUUGUCGAAGGUGACUAGGGAUGCAUUGCCCUCUCCCGUCAAGAAUCAACUGUCUAAUCUUGCUGUUCCCUCAACACAACCAGAACAUAAUAAUAGGAUUGAUGACGAUGCAUGGGCUAUGAAACCAGCAGCUAGAUCAAAUGAGAAUUUACUCAAACCGUCUCCUCAACCACAAACUCCACAAUACACAGGUACGUUAUCUGAUUUGGUCAAUAUCAAACCAGUAGAGAACAAGGCAGAAGUUCAACAACCACAACAAACACCAUCAGCUCCUUCACUUCAGCCAACCAAGACAUCUUCUGCUCCUCCACUUCAACCUACAGAGACUGCAGGAACAACACAAGCACAGAAUAACGGCGGUGUAUUGGUGCCUGCGCAACGUACUGGCGGUCUUAUUCCAGUUCAACGUACUGGUGCUGGAUUAAGUGCCAUGCCAACUGGUGGAUUAUUACCAGCACAGCCAACAGGAUUCAUCCCCAUUACAGCCCAGCCAACAGGAUUCAUUCCAAUUCAAGCAACAGGUGUUCUUCAACCACAAUUGACUUUUGGCCUUGUUGCUAUACCCACAGGACAGAAGACUGGCGGUGGAGCACCACCACCAACAACUUUUGGUCAACCACAAUCAUUCCAACCAAGCUUUGUACCUCUUCAAACUGGUACAGCAACUGUACCACAAACCACAUUUGGAACUCAAAAUACUGGCGGGUUACCAAACACUACCUUUGGUACGCAAAACACUGGAGGCUUGCCAACGACAAGUUUCAACCAAAACCCAUUGGUUCCAGCACAAAGAACUGGAAGUCAAAUUACAGGUGGGUUUGUUCCACAAUCAAAUUUCGGUAAACAAAUAACUGGCGGUUUCAUGAAUACCAACACGGUGCCAUUUGGUCAGCAGCAACCAACUGGAGGUAUGAUGCCACAAACAUCCUUUGGACAGCAACGUACUGGAGGUAUGAUGCCACAGACAUCGUUUGGUCAACAAGCAACCGGAGGUAUGAUGCCACAAACAUCUUUUGGCAACCCUGUGCCACAAUCAACAUUCAACCAAUCAACCGGUGGGAAUUUUCCAAAUUCAUUUGGUCAAACAAACUUUUCACAACCUCAACAAAGCACAUUUCAGCAACAACAACAACAACUAUUUAACCAAUUUCCACCACAAUCAACUCAAUUUAAUCAAUUCAACCAACAACCGCAACAACAAUCACAACAACCAAACAUAAACCAAAUGACCAACAUGUUUCAAAACACCUCAAUCUCACAACCAUUCAGCCAACAAGGCGCUUUCGGAAACUCACAAUUUGAAGGUUUCAACUCACAACCAUUGCAAACACAACCAACAGGUAUGGGGUUUGGUAAUGCACCAUUGCAAUCUCAAGCUACUGGUAAAAGAGCAAACCUUGCGGCAGCUACACCAGACAAUCCUUUUGGAUUUUAA